AUGAAGAGAACCAUGAGCAGUGAAUGUUUGUUACCUUAUUACACGGCCCACAGCUACCGUUCAACGGGUGUGUUCAAUACCUCCAUGGGAGACCUGCAGCGACAACUGAACAAGGGAGGAGAGUAUGAUAUUUUCAAGUACGCACCGAUGUUUGAGAGUGACUUUAUCCAGAUCAGCAAAAAAGGAGAGGUGAUUGAUGUACACAACCGUGUCCGAAUGGUGACUGUGGGCAUCGCAUCCACCAGCCCCAUCCUUCCACUACCUGACGUCAUGCUGCUGGCCCGACCAACUAAAGUCUGUGAAGAGCAUGCCAGACCUGCCCGGCCCACCAGGGGGAGAGGUCACAAGCCCAUGAAGACCCUAGAGCUCACCAGGCUGCUUCCCUUGAAGUUUGUCAAGAUCUCCAUCCACGAUCGCGAGAAACAGCAGUUGCGCCUGAAGCUUGCCACCGGCCGCACUUUUUAUCUGCAGCUGUGUCCUUCUUCAGAUGCACGAGAAGACCUCUUCUGCUAUUGGGAAAAACUUGUCUACCUCCUGAGACCACCAGUGGAGAGUUUCAGCAGUACCCCGACACUCCAAACUGCGGAUGCAACAAUAGACGAUGACAAAAGCCUAGUGACCACAGAGCACCACAGAGAAGGAGAUCAGGAUGAGGCUGGCCUUUGCAAGCUUCGUGAGGUGUCUGGAGCUAGCUCUUCUGCUUAUGUUGGGGGAGAGGGAAUCCCUCAUGCCCCCCAAGGAACGCCCUCUUCACCUGUAGACAUGAAAACUCCACGGACUUCCAAAGGGGCAGCCACAGGCGUGGCAGUAGCAGGCACAGCAACAGGCCCUGGAGCAGGCACUGUGAGCCUAGCAGCAACCAAGACUGCAGGUACAGGUCAGGUAAACACAGCCCUGGCAGGAGCCGUCACUAAGUCUCCAGGAGAAAGUGGAUCCAGCAAGGCUAUUGCAGGUGCUGCCAACAUAUCCUCAGAGGGUAAGAACAUGGUCUUGGUGGGCGCUGCAAGUACAUCCUCGGUAGGUACUUCCACCGUAACGACAGGGGCUGCCAGUCUCUCCCCAGACAGCAGCAUGAGUAUAGUGUUUGCAGGCGCAGUGACGGCCAACGAGCCUGCUGCAGAAAGAGCUGAAGGCCACGUGGCACGACCCCUCGUCUCAACCUUGCAGAGUGAAGGCUACAUGAGUGAACGGGAUGGAAGCCAGAAGGUCUCCCGGCCCACCACGGAAGCCCGGAAGGAAAAAAAGGAAAGAAGAGAAAAGAGGGACAGAACUGCCACUAGGAAAAGUUCCCGUCACCAUAGAACAGGUGAAAGUCACCACAGGAUAGGAGGGGACAAGUCGACCAGGAAAUCGUCCUCCCACCGGUCCUUAUCUGGCCAUGGAAAUGCAAGAGAUGACAAAAAAGAAAAAGGACACAGAGGACACAGCUCUCGCAAGAGUGCCAGCCACGGCUCCACUGCAAAGGAGUUGAGGACAGCUCACAAAUUGGGGAAGAGCAGAUCUGCAACCAGUUCAGGAACUGUAAGUAAGAAAUCCAGUAGGAUUGGCUCUUUCUUCAGGAGCUUCAGAGUCAUUCCUGGUUCAAAAACAGUGGUCACAAAACACGAUAGAGAGGUAGACAUCGUGGCUAAGACGGUAGAGAAGUGCAACAUAGAGGCCAAGUUGGAAAAAACCCCGGAUGGCCAGGAUGUGGGGAUCUGUGGUACCAUGACAUCUGAGACGAUGGAGACAAUAAUCUUUGAAGCCAAAUCCAUUUAA